CACAACUGGUCACACUCAAAAGUUACACUUGUACAACUUGCAGUUUUGCCGGAACUUUUUUUAAACAUUUUUCCUCACUUUUUAAAGUUGAACGACAAGCAAUGUAAGUUCAUCACAAUAAAUUGCCUACUCCGUACAUAAAGUUUCCAAAUUGUCAGUCAUGUUGUGGCUAAACUACGUUCAGAGAUCCCGGCAGCAACUUAAUAGGCUGUGUCAAUUGUGUAGCCAUAGUCAGAUUGCUGUCCGUUCCGGAAGCAGUCACAGUGUCCGGGUUAGGUCCCCGGAGUUCUUCCAAAGCAAGAGCUUUUGUAGCUCGUUCAGGCCUUUGUCGAUUCGUUACAGUUGCUCCGCAAAUCUUCCCCAAGCAGCUGAAAUGGCCAGCAAGUCCGCCCACUUCGUACUGCCCAACACGCAGCCCAUUGCUGAUUUGGACUGCAAGAACGCCUUCGAGAACCUGACGGACAAGGAGAAGCUCUAUGCCCAUUACUUCAGCAAGGCCUCCUGGGACGGUGGCCUCAUCGCCCUGAUCCAGUCGAGUCCCGAGGCGCCGCUCAUCUUCUCCCUAUUGCAUCGCAUUUUUGUGGCCGAAAAGCCGGCAGAUCUCAAGGCAAAGGCUGAAGUGGCUGGCGUCACUCCGGAAGAGUAUACGGGCUUCCUGGUUUAUGCUUGUGGUGUCUUUGCCAAUGCGGGCAACUACAAAGGCAUGGGUGACAGUAAGAUUGUACCCAACCUUCCUGCCGAGAAAUUUGAGGCUGUCGUAAAAGCUUCGGCCGCCUACGCUACUGAACCCCGCGUUGCCAAGAUCUUCGAAAGAGUUAAAGGGUUGAUCUAUGCGCUAGAGUCCCGAAACGAGAUUCUGGGCUUCGCUCCUGACGGCAUCACCACCUAUUGGUCAGACAAUUGCACCAAGGAAGACUCUGAGAUCGUCAACUCCUGGCUGACCUCGAAACGCAUCGAACCCUACAUGUGCCGCACCUUUAAGGUUGUGGAAGAUGGCAAGACCAUCUACGACGUGAAACUGGGUUCAGUGGCGGACACUUCAAAGGACGGAAUUACCCUGCCCCUGGAAGAGUUCAAGGGUAACCAGUUCCGAGUUACCCGAGGAGACUAUCAGAAGUUGUUGCAGCGUGUGAAUCAGCAUUUAUUGGAGGCCCAGAAGUAUGCUGCCAACGAGAAUGAGUCGAAAAUGAUCGAGCAUUACGUCCGCUCCUUCGAACAGGGCUCGCUGGCCGAGCAUAAGGACGGUUCUCGCUGGUGGAUCAAGGACAAGGGACCCGUCAUCGAGACCUAUAUUGGCUUCAUCGAAACCUACAGGGAUCCAGCCGGAGGACGUGCUGAAUUCGAAGGUUUUGUGGCCAUGGUGAACAAGGAGAGCUCCGCAAAGUUUUCGGAGCUGGUCGACCGCGCGGAAAAACUGGUGGAAUAUCUGCCCUGGACUGAACCCUAUGAAAAAGACUCGUACCUGAAACCUGAUUUCACUUCCCUGGAUGUACUUACUUUUGCCGGCAGUGGAGUGCCCGCAGGAAUCAACAUUCCGAACUAUGACGAGAUCCGGCAAGAUGAGGGCUUUAAGAAUGUCUCUUUGGGAAAUGUUCUGGCCAACAUUAACCGAAAGGAUCCCAUUCCAUUCCUUUCCGAAGAGGAUCAAACUCUGAUGAAGGAGUUCAAGGUUAAGGCCUUCGAAGUUCAAGUGGGCCUCCAUGAGUUGCUGGGUCACGGAAGUGGAAAGCUGUUCCGGAUUGACGAGAAGGGUGUCUUCAACUUCGAUAAGGAGAACACGAAGAACUUGAUUACAGGGGACGCAAUUAAGAAGUGGUAUCUUCCUGGAGAGACUUACGACACCAAGUUUGGAGCCAUUGGGUCGUCCUAUGAAGAAUGUCGUGCUGAGGCUGUUGGACUAUACCUUUCCCUCCAGCGGGACAUUCUCGAAAUCUUUGGCUUUAAAGACAAGACUGAGCAGGAUAACAUUAUCUACGUCAACUGGCUGAGUCUGAUUUGGAACGGCAUGGGCGUGGCCCUGGAAAUGUUCAACCCCAAGUCCAAGCUGUGGCUCCAAGCCCACUCUCGUGCUAGAUUCGUCAUAAUGAAGGUUUUGCUGGAAGCCGGAGAGGGUCUGGUGAAAGUUGAAGAGACUGAGAACGGCAAGAACCUUUUGCUGACAGUGGAUCGCACCAAGAUCGAAACUGUGGGUAAGAAGGCGCUGGGAGACUUCCUCACUAAGCUGCAGGUAUACAAGUCUACCGCUGACAUUGAGGAGGCCACCAAGAUGUACGAUCACUACUCCGAGGUGAACGAAAGCGGGUCGCACCCGUGGGCCAAGUGGCGGGACAUUUGCCUGGCCCACAAGAAGCCGCGCAUGAUUCUUGUCCAGGCCAACACAGAGGUGGACAAGAACCAGAAGGUGCAACUGAAGACCUACGAGCCCACGCACGAGGGUUACAUUCAAUCCUGGGUAGAGCGAUACCCUACUACUGAAAUUGACGAUCUUCUGGAGACCAUCGUGGACCAGGACAAAAAAUACUUCCCGAAAGCCUUCUCAAACUAAAAAAAAAUGCAUUUAAAAAACUUCAUCAAUAUUUUGCAUAAUUUGUUAACUUUGAAUUUUAAAAACUAUUAAAAUUGAGUCAUCCAAUGACAGUAGGAUUUUUAA